AUGCCGCAGCGCAACGACCACGACGGCGGGUCCGAGUCGCCAAAGGGCAAGCCGCACCCGUCGCUGUCGCGCGUCGGUGGGCGCCAGGUCGCGCCGGGCAAGAAGAAGCCGUUCGCGUGCGCAUACGACGAGUGCUUCAAGUCGUUUACGAGGAGGAGCGACCUCGUGCGCCACGUGCGCAUCCACACCGACGAGCGGCCGUUCCACUGCAGCCAUGGAGAUUGCGACAAGUCGUUUAUCCAGCGCUCGGCCCUCACGGUUCACGAGCGCACGCACACGGGCGAGCGCCCGCACAUGUGCGUCGACUGCGGGAGGCCGUUCGCCGACUCGAGCUCCCUCGCCCGUCACCGCCGCGUCCAGUGCGUCCUCCUCCCUCUUUCUACUCGGUCUCGACCUCGUACAGCCACUGACCGCGAGCUUCGUGCAGCACUGGGAGUCGCCCCUACGUCUGCGAGGCGCCCGGGUGCGAGCGCACGUGAGCCUCCCUUUUCCUCUCCUUUCCCCUCUCUCUCCGUCUCAGUCUCAGUCACUGACUCGGUCUGCUCGACCGCAGCUUCUGCCGCAAGACGACCCUGUGCAAGCACAUCGCGCGCCACCACCCCGACUACGACGGCGAGCCGCCGCUCUUCAAGCCCGACAACAUCGCCGACGGCAAGCCGCCCGCGCCCAUGUCGGCUCAGGGCGCCAUCGCCACGUCCAUGGUGUCGGCCCUGA